CGUCAUGGUUCUUCUGUGUGUGUGUGUAAACAAUAAUUUGUAGAUUUUCAUCGGUUAAUACUUUCUUUGUUCAUCGCUAAUCAGAAUCAGACAUUUAUCAUGACUACUUUUGCCAACCUGUCGGUAACCAUGGAGGGGUUUCCAAUGACGGAGGAUGUUCCCUCCACCACCUCCAUUUCUUUUAUCGAAGCAAUCAACCAGAACUACACCAAUGUCAACAUGGAUGACAUCAAGGUGGACAGUACGUUCGCUAUGCUGCUCUGCUCCAUUCUGUUUGCUAUGUCUUGGGUCACCUACAUCACUUACUACAACUCAAGAGUGGCUGGAUACUUCAUCACCAAAGCCCUCAACAGAUUCUUUGUCAGCGAAGGGUACGCAAGAGUCGGUUCCUUCACUCUUUGUGCUCUGUCAGGCAAAAUCAUGUUCAGAGACAUCAUCUACAUCACUCAGGACUACAGUGUGAGAAUACAGGACGGAUGGAUGAUAUUCCGAUGGUGGAGAGCUUACGUGCCGAAAGAUGUGUCAGAAGACUUGUCCCACUCAGACACUCGACUGUCAGUGUUGCUCAACGGGUUUGAGCUCCACGUGUACAACAGAUCAGCUGUUUACGGACAUCUAGAGCGGGUCUUUGACCUUGAUCCUGUGUUGUUCCCUUGGGACUCCAGCCUGUUUAAACAUCCUGAUGAAAGAGAAUCUCACGAUCCAGGAGGGAGGUCGAGGCCUCAACCGGGAGCAGGAUCCUUAGGGAAGAGCUGGAGGGAUCUCAUCCCAGUAAUCAAAGUUGACGUCUGUUCUGGAAGAGUUGUAUUUGGCAAUAGGCUGGUGCCUACAACAUUGUCAAUCUUGGUGGAAGAAGCUCACUUUGUGUAUUCAACCAAACCUGCUGCGUCACGGCUCGACUACUUCAUGCACUUCGCCAAGUGCAAGGCCGAGAACUUCAAGGUACUGCUUGCCCCUAGUCCCAAGUACAUAGGCAUGGCUGAUGAUCCUCCGAGGUACAUGGGGGAAGGCUUUGUAGUUCUCUCGUCCAACAACAUCGAGCUUUACUACUACAUGGACGAACCUGGACUUGUGCCGGAACAGCCAGAGAUGCUGCAGCUCGCCAACGGAGACAUUGUGGAGUCUGCUCCUCCCAUCUGGGGCAUAGAUAUCAAGUGUGGGAAAGGUACAGACUUCAGUUACGGACCUUGGGCUGACAGACAGCGAGACCAUCUGUUCAGGUUCUUCUUUCCACAGGACUGCCAACCUCUGAAAGUUACCCCAGCCCCCAAGCCAGGUGAAAAGAGGAUGGUCCAGUCGUUUGACCUGAGACUGAGCACACUAACUGAAGCUACGAUUGAUAUACUGUUUUCUAAAAACAAGGAGACCAACGCGGUCCAUGUGAACGUCGGCCCCGGCUCCUACAUGGAGAUGACUCUGCCCUGGGUGGUCUCGCCGGACGGGUACACCACGAAGGUGAUCGGACAACUGCUCCACCUCGAGGCCACCACGAGUCUCACGUAUCGCAGUCUCGUGGUGAGUGAGACGCUGGAGUUCACCUUGCGCUCCAAGUAUCCUCUCAAGUGGAACGGACAUCAGGAGUGGCUUCUGCACCUCACAGGCUGCAAGGCGACCGUGUGGUUCAUCUACGCACACAAGGAGUUCUUUCAAGACAUGGUCAAUGACUGGUCCAGCAAAGCUCGUCCAGAUCUGCUCCAUUUCAUCCCGUACACUUGGAGGAUCACUCUGCUAUUGAAGGAGUUUGAGUUCAUCCUUCCUUGCAAUGAGUACAACUGGAUAGACUGUUCAUCGCAGAGUCAGGAGAAUAUGUGCAUUGGGUUCUGUGGAGAGUUAUUUGACCUCUCGUUUGACCUUCCUUUUGUGGACUUCUUGCCGGCUGUGCUUCCUCUGCGGUUCUGGAUACAGGGCGAGAGCAUGGACCUGUCUAUGUAUCUACCGGAAGUGUUUACGUCGCAGUGUAUCGUCCUGGCGCUGGACCAGAAUGCAAAGCUGCUGGGUAGAGACGGCAACAUCAUCAACGGAAGACUCAACGAGAACAGUCGCAAGUGGCGUAAUAAGUGUCAGCGAAGCAAUGGUUGGCUAGAUUGCUGGUCUGUGCCGAUAGUUGCGCUCAGUAUAAACUACUCGUACCAUCCGAUGCCUCCGUACGGACCACCACCUCAGGCUGACAUCACAACUCCGGAGAAGGAGGAGAUAUUGUUGUCCCCCAUGAGAAUCCCCCGGAGUAGGAAGUCCCCGGCACUGCAUCACUGGAGGGAGCAAUCUGGACUUCCGAAGUUUGACCCUACAAGCCUAGUUCCAGAUAAGGUCAGUCUAGAGCUGGAGAUUGGACCCUCUGUACUGUUGGUCUAUGGCUCAUGGAUCAGGGGAUUCGUGAAUCUAAAGGAGAACAUUUUUGGAGAAGACCAAGUGUUCACGGACAUGAAUGAGAAGCCAGAGAUGCCCAGUGGUUCCAAGACAGGUCCUGGUGGGGGUGGCGGGGACACUCAGACCACGACGGGGUCUGACGAUGACACUAUUAGUCAUAAGGAUUUUGACCCCCGCGAGUACAGACCACUAGAGGUGGUGGUGUCCAUCACGAUGCACGAUAUACAGGCUCAUCUAGUCAAGAAUUGCAACGAAGGGGAUCCACCUUGUCCGAUCAUUCUAUUGGAGAGGUUCGGCUUUGAAAUGAAGAAAGGCUACAAGGAGACGCAGCUACAGCUGUUGUUAUCACCGGCCAUCCUACUGAGCUCUGAUAAGGUGACAACACGUUCUGUCAAGGACAAACAUCUCAACCAAGGUCAUCUCAUGCUGAGCGGACUGCAGUUGCGAGGACAAGCCAUGUUCAGUGACGAAGGCCGCAAUGUGGAUCAGGAGACAUUGGAGUACGCUUGGCUGUUGGAGAUACAACUCGGACGACUCACUGGCAAAAUGACGACCCCUCAGCUACAUCACCUGGUGACCAGCCUGGAGACGCUGUUGUUGCUGACUAUAGAUGACGAGAACAAGUUGGUGCCCCCGCGGCUCCCCCCCGCCUGUCACCAUGGACUUCCCCCCGCCGAGUGCGGGGAGAGUGAGUCAGACGGCUCCUACACUUGCCCCACUGCUGAUGAGAUCAAGUACCGCAUGGUCAGAGUUGCUGUGGACGCAGUGGACCUCUACAUACUGGAGAGUGGCACGGCCAUCAAUCUCUAUGCUGCUCCCAUCCGGUUCUCCACCUGUAACCUUCACGGAAACCAAGUCAAGUCUGGACUGACAGGGGUGAUACCUAGUGUGAAGGUGAGGCAGAUCAUUGCUGCCAACAACCACUUCAGUCACUCGUCCGGAGGCACUAACAGUAAUACCAACACGACAGGCAGUGGCCGGUCUCAACAUGCUAGGUCAGGUACUGGAGAAAACACAGACUUGUGGCUGGAGGUGGGCUCUGUGUCUCUCGGACCUCUCAUAGUAGAAGCUGCCGUCUCAUUGUCCAGCACUGACCGCAACCUACAUCUGGUGCAGCACAAAUACCUGAAAACACAUGAUGAAAAGAGCAAGAGACUGUGGUUUCUGUGGACCAAUGAUAAGACUUCUAACAGUGUUGGCAAGUGCGGCUGCAUAGGAGGUUGCGUGUUUUUCGGCCAAAACAAGAAUGGGAAGCGAUUCUUCAAACCUAACCGUCAAGACGCUGUAGAUGGGAUCAACAUUGCAGCUUUCAGGAUAAACGAGUCAGGCAAAGAUCCUGGGUUUGGCCAGAGUAUACUACAUGAUGCUCAACUUGUGUUCCACACUCCCCCGUACAACUCUCAUGACGUCUCCAUACAUGAUACUGCAGUGUGGACUGAGCCUGCUGCCAAGGUCAUACCUCUCAAGACACCAGUGGAGAGUCCUCACCUCACCACCAGAGUUGAGAGGUCACGUAGUGUCACAGAGACCAACAAGGACAGUCCUGUCAUGUCCAGGCUGAGCACUGCCACUGUCAGCCCAGUCAGUUGUGUAAAGACCUCCCUGGGGCGCAGGUUUUCUUACACGUCAUACACUAACAGAAAUAUGAACAAUGGACCGAGCCGAGACGUUCCGUAUGCUCGACUCUUGGACACCAGCCCCACCACUUUGUUACCACCCAAGCUAGACUCGGACUCACGACUACAUUCCACAGAGCGCACUCGAUCCAUCUUAAGUGUUCCCGAGGCUUCAGAAGCACCCAAGUCGAGUGUUAGCGACUCCAAACUUGCUGUGGAUUACUUCAACACCACGGCGCAACAGUACAACGCUCUUGUCAACAGUGUCAACUGUCCAACACAUCCGACUUCUGCUGUGAUCUCGUCAGAGUCAGAACACUCGCUGGGCGCUGCAGUACCGGAGGCAGUGUUGGUGGAGAGGACAGUGUCCAUCUGCAGUGAGAACCAAUCAGAAGCCUUCUUCUCAGCGGAGGAAGAGCUGAGCGGGGGCAGUUUAGGCCAAGCGGGGGUGCCACUACCGUCCAGUCGGUCAUCUUCACUACGUCACUCUCUUGGUAUCUACCGUCAUGACAACAGGGAGAGCAACAUUGUGCCAAAGAAACGCUAUGGCAGUGACAUGAGUAUUGUGGCAGGAGCUGGUAAUGUGACACACUCAGCCAUCACAGAUCUGCAGCCAUUGAGACUCUCCAGCCAUCGCAGCGAUCAUGAGAUACACACUCCGGAACAUCGUAGCAACAUUCGGCUUGAACAGGGUGAAGAACCUAAGUCGGCUGCUUGUCUCGGCAUUUCUCCACUGUUGUUGCCUCGUUCUGUCAGUCCGAGGUUCAUGACAGCCAACGUACAUGGUCUGCCAGACUCUUUGGAAUCACAGAUUGGAGCUAGCAGAGCUGGUUCAGAGGAAGAAGACAUAGACUUGGAGGAAGAAUCUUUAUCCGAAGAAGAGUUGGAAUCGGAUGGUGACGAAAAUUUGGAAGUAUUGACUGAUGAAGAGUUAGAUGAAGAAGAUAGAAGUUUUCUACUUGUUGAAGAUUCAUCAUCUACUGAAGAGAUG